GAACAUUUCAGCGAAUCAAUUGAUAUGAGACCGUCUUUUUCAAAAACAAAACCUGGUACAAAACGUGCUGCAGAAAAACCAAGUGUGAAAAAACCUAUGAAAAAGAAGCAGAAUAAAAUGAAUGCAUCAUACAGAGAUAAUGUAAGCGAACGUUUAAGAUCAGAAGAAUUUGAUGUUGAGAUAUUUAAUUCGCUAACAUUUAGACAAGGGGAUGGUGUUGUAACAAUAAAAACGCCUUUUGAAGAAAAAUCCAAGGAGUAUUGGGUGUUAAGCCACUAUAAGGUCGCCAACAUUGAGAAUGUGCCAGUAAAGGACAGAUGGAAGUUCAGCGAAGCUACUGUUAGAUUGUACACAAGCGAUGAAUCAAAAGAUCAAACACUUCAUACUGGACUCAAUGAGACAAUGCAAACUAUAUUUGAUAAAUUACUAACUGAUCCGAAGCGUCAAACUAUUAAGAGCAAGACGAGUAUUUGAUUAUUAUAUGAAAAAAAAUAAAUUUCAUUUAAUAAACAAAAAAUUAUUAUACAUGUA